AAACUUAUAUCUUUUUAUCAAAUAAAAUGAGCGAUAAUAACGACAAGGAGCUUGAAGAAGUAUGGAAGUUGUUCCAAGACUCUCCAGAAGAAAUACAACAAAGACGUAAGACAUUAACCAAGGCCAUUCACGAUGACAAGACCCUUGAUUAUCCCAGCACCGUUAAAGUCACCACGGCAUUAGAUGAGGUAUUGGAAUGUUUCGCGCUUGGUGGUCAAUUAAGACAUUAUUACAGAUAUGGAACUUAUGAUGUGUGUGAACGACAGCGUGAAAAGUUUUGGUUUGCUGUGAAGCAUGGUGGCUUCACUGAUAAUAAUAAACCAGACGAUCAGUUGACUGAAAAGGAGUUGAACACUAGACUUAAAAUCCAAGAGUUUUUCAGAAAGAGGGUCCUUGAAGACAAGGCCGCCGGUAGUUCCGAGGAUAUUUGGGAUCAACGUAAGGAAUUAUUAAGCAAUCCGUUUAGAAAGUAAUCAUUUGUACAUAGAGUAAUAUACGAAAGUUAUCUAC